UGGACUGGGUAGUCGGCCAGUGAGCAGCAUGGAGGCGCCCUGGGGGAUCGUGGACGCUGAGCCCGGCUGGUUUGUCUCUGCCAGGCAGCCCGAAGAGGCGGAGGCGGAAGAGUUGAGCCCGUUGCUUAGCAACGAACUUCACAGACAGGGAUCCCCAGGUGUUUCAUUUGGUUUCUCAGUGUUUAAUUUGAUGAAUGCCAUCAUAGGAAGUGGUAUCCUUGGCUUAGCUUAUGUUAUGGCUCAUACUGGUAUCCUUGGAUUUAGUUUCUUGCUGCUGAUAGUCGCUCUCCUGGCUUCUUACUCAGUUCAUCUCCUGCUUAGUUUGUGUAUUCAGACAGCUGUGACAUCUUAUGAAGAUCUUGGACUCUUUGCAUUUGGAUUACCUGGAAAGAUGGUGGUAGCAGGCACCAUAAUAAUUCAGAAUAUUGGAGCUAUGUCAUCUUAUCUUUUAAUUAUUAAAACAGAGCUUCCUGCUGCUAUUUCAGAAUUUUUGUCUGGAGACCAUAGUGGGUCUUGGUAUCUUGAUGGAGAAACACUGCUAAUAAUCAUCUGUGUUGCCAUUGUGUUCCCUCUUGCACUUCUUCCUAAAAUAGGCUUUCUUGGCUACACAAGUAGUUUAUCAUUUUUCUUUAUGGUGUUCUUUGCUCUUGUGAUAAUAAUCAAAAAAUGGUCCAUCCCUUGUCCUCUGACAUUAAAUUCUGUAGAGCAAUACUUCCAGAUUUCAAAUGCUACAGAUGCUUGUAAACCAAAGCUCUUUCAUUUCUCCAAAGAGAGUGCUUAUGCCAUACCAACCAUGGCUUUUUCAUUUCUCUGCCACACCUCAAUAUUGCCCAUAUACUGUGAACUUCAAAGACCGUCUAAGAAAAGGAUGCAGAAUGUAACCAAUACAGCAAUUGCUUUAAGUUUUCUCAUUUAUUUUAUAUCUGCACUCUUUGGGUACCUCACUUUUUAUGACAGUGUGGCGUCAGAAUUACUACAAGGUUAUAGUAAAUACUUGCCACAUGAUGUUGUCGUCAUGACUGUGAAGUUAUGCAUACUAUUUGCUGUGCUUUUGACAGUCCCUCUAAUCCACUUCCCUGCAAGGAAAGCUUUAAUGAUGAUGUUUUUCUCCAAUUUUCCAUUCUCAUGGAUUCGCCAUUCUUUGAUCACUAUAGCUCUCAAUAUUAUCAUUGUUUUACUUGCAAUAUAUGUCCCUGACAUUAGGAAUGUACUUGGUGUAGUUGGUUCCAGUACAUCAACAUGUUUGAUUUUUGUGUUCCCGGGACUGUUUUAUCUUAAACUGAGCAGAGAGGAUUUUCUCUCAUGGAAAAAGUUGGGGGCGUUUGUUUUGCUCAUCUUUGGUAUUUUGGUUGGUAAUUUUAGUUUAGCACUCAUUAUUUUUAAUUGGAUUAAUAAGUGAAAGAAAUCUUUUCCCACGUCUUUUGCUGAAUGAUUUACCUCCAGAUGCAAAAAGGAAUUAUUCUGGAAGGCACCUUGGAUGAUCCUCUUUAUAUGGCCUAACAUUUUUGCAAACAUUGACAGAAAAGCAGAACAAAACAGGAGUCGGUAGGGGAAAGUAGACAUAGCAGUUUUAAUCAAAAUAAGAAACUCAGAAUGCCCUUAAAUAUGUUGAGCAUCUUUUGUUUGUGGUUUUUUUUUAAUUAACGGACUUUAUUUUUUAGGGUAGUUUUAACGUUUACAGAAAUAAUUGAACAGAAAGUACAGAGAGUUCUCAUAUAUUCCCUCACUCCAGCACACCCGUAGUGUCCCACAUUACUAACAUCUUGCAUUAGUGAAGUACAUUUGUUAUACUUGAUGAGCCAACUUUGAUACAUUACUAUUAACUGAAGUACAUAGUUUACAGUAGGGUUCACUUUUGAUGCAACCACUGAUCUUUUUACUGUCUCCAUAAACACCAUGAGCAUUCCCCAUGAGCCUUUUCUAAAAUGUCAUUUGGUGGAAUCAUAUAGUAUCUAACCUUUCGGGCUGGCUUCUUUCACUUAGCAAUGUGUGUUUAAGUUUCCUCCGUGUCUUUUCAUAGCUUGAUAGCUCUUUUUUUUUAAUCACUGACAAUAUUCCAUUGUAUGGAUGUACCACAGUUUGUCUCACUGACAAUAUUCCAUUGUAUGGAUGUACCACAGUUUGUUUUUCCAUUCACCUGUUGAAUGACCUCUUGUUUGCUUCCAAAUUUUGGCAUUUGUGAAUAAAGCUGCUACAAACA